AUGGUCUUUCAACCUCCCUCGUGGGUCCCUGACAUCACCACCCAGAUCCAUCCCAAUGCGAAUGUCGCUGAGUGGGCACUCGAGAGCCGACGUGCCUCUGGUAGUGUUCGUGCACCUUUCAUCUGCGCUUUGACGGGUAAGAAGUAUACCCUCAAGGAAGUCAGAGAGAAGGUCAACGCUUUGACGAAAGCAUUGUGUAGUGAACUUGAAUGGUCACCAAAUCAGGGUAUUGCUGAAGAAAAGGUCAUUGGCGUUUUGGCUGUCAAUUCGCUUGACUUUCUCGUUGUCUGCUGGGCAAUCCAUCGCAUCGGUGGUAUCUGUCUACUUCUCCAACCAACAACCUCACCCGUUGAGAUUUCCUCACACAUGUCCAAAGCCAAAUGUGACAUUCUCAUCACAUGCGAAGAGCUACUACCUUCUUGCAAGGAAAUCUUGAACCGUCUUCCCAAGGCUCCCCGACGAAUGUUCUCCAUCAACACUAGCAACACUAAAUUGCCCAACUUUGAAGGAGAGAUCAAAUGUCUACCCCAGCUUUACCAGGAGGGCAGUAUACUUCCUGACCUUGAGCAGCUUCAACCAAAGGAUGCUCACACCACGGUUGCGUUCUACCUCACUACAAGUGGAACUUCAGGACCUCAGAAACUUGCCAUAAUUACCCAUGCUAACCUCAUCGCCAACGUCACCCAAGCAGCCGUCUUUGAGAGCUCAGCUGGGUACAAACAUCCUGACAUCGGUCUUGCUGUACUGCCGCUGAACCACGGCUAUGGUCUUGUCACUACACAUGCUAUGUUCGUGAGAGGUGACUCGGCCGUUCUCCACCCGAACUUCAACAUGCAGUUGGUUCUCAAAUCGAUUCAAGAGCACCGCAUCUCCCGUCUAUAUCUUGUUCCUCCUGUCAUUGCAGCGCUAGCAGCAAACCCCGUCUUGUUCGAGAUCUUUGACCUAUCGUCUGUGCAAGAUGUCGUUCUUGGCGCUGCAGCAUGUAGUGAUAGUGUGACCAAGAAGAUGAAGGCUUUGAUGCCUAGUUGGAGUCUCCUAGUCGGAUACGGCCUGACUGAGUGUGUAUCCAUUGUGACGUUUAGCCGCGCCGCUGAUAUCAUGCCUGGCUCAAGCGGUUGUCUGUUCCCGUCCAACCAAGGCCGUCUCAUCGACCAGGAUGGAAAUGAGAUCACAUCCUACGACACUGCUGGAGAGUUGUAUCUCAAGUCAGCCGCCAUGAUCCCAGGCUAUCUAGAUGAAGACGAUGCUAUGAGGACCAAGUUCACCGUUGAUGGCUGGUUGCCCACCGGCGACAUCGGCUUCUUCAGACGAAGCCCCCACGGCGAUGAUCAUCUUUACCUAGUUGACCGACUCAAGGACAUGAUCAAGGUCAAGGGUCUCCAAGUCAACCCCGCUGAGAUCGAGGAACUACUCCGUGUACAGCCUGGUAUUCUGGACGCAGCAGUCAUUGGCGUUGUAGACGAUGAAGCAGGCGAACGACCGCUGGCCUUUGUCGUACCAGCCAAGCAAGACAUGACUGCACAAGAGAAGAAGGAGCUCAUCCUACACUUGGACGAGGCUAUCAAGGCUCAACUUGAUGAGACCCACUGGCUACGCAAGCAGAUUCGUUUCAUCGAAGAGCUUCCCCGCGGUCAGAGCGGUAAGGUGCUGAAGAAGAUCUUGAGAGAAAAGGCAAAGCAGAAGGAGUCAGCGCCUAUGAAUAGGGCCAAUGGGACAAACGGCAGCCUCCCAGAGAAGAGCAUCGACGGGGCGAACGGGAUUCAUGCACAAAACGGAACAAGCGAAGCGGCACGGGUUUAA